CUGGGGUAGCUGGACUAAGCUUGGCACGUCGCUUGGUUUCAAACAACUGGAAAGUGUAUGGCAUAUCAAGAAGGGCCUCAGAUUUCCUCCCUCAGGGAAUGGACCAUAUUCUCUGUGACCUUCAAGAUGCAGGCAAAUGUCUUGAGGCAUUAAAAGAUCUAAAAGAUGUCACCCAUGUCUUCUACACAACAUGGGCACCAACGAUGGAUCCUGAGAAAGAUUGUGAUGUGAAUCGAUCAAUGUUGGCUAAUUUAAUGGAGCAUCUUCCAGCUCAGAUCAAACAUUUUGCAUUGGUGACUGGAGGCAAGCACUACUUGGGGAAUUUUGGCAAUUUCAUAAAUCCUGUUGACCCUAUCAAAGAAACAAUGGAUAGACUUCCUGGUCGCAACUUCUUCUACGAGUUAGAAGAUGAAGUAUUUAGCUGGGUUGCCAAGAGAGGCUUCACAUGGAGUGUUGCUAGACCUAUGGUCAUCAUAGGAUUUGCCCCUAACAAUGUAAUAAAUGCAGCUACGGGAAUAGCUGUAUAUGCAAUCUUAUGCAAAGAGCUCAACUUGCCGUUUCAUUUCUUUGGUGGUAAGAAUCUGUAUAACAAUAUAUCUAAUAUUACCGAUGCUGAGCUGUUGGCUGACCACAUGAUUUGGGAGUCCACAGAGCCAAAGGCAGCUAACCAGGCCUUCAAUGUUGUAAAUGGGGAUGUAUUUAGAUGGAAACAAAUGUGGGUGGCUAUCGCAAAAUAUUUCAACCUUGAGGUGCCUGAGUACAAAGGAGAAGCUGCAUCAGUCUCUACAUUUAUGGAUAAUAAAUCAGCUGUCUGGGAAUCCAUUGUGGAGAAACAUAAUCUUUAUAAGACAGACUUACAGACAAUUUGUGCUUGGUGGUUCUUUGAUAUGUAUAAGGAAUUAUCAGAUCCAUUUCCCCUAGUGGAUAUGACAAAAAGUAGAGAACUGGGAUUUCUGAAGUAUCAGAGUUCUGAGAAAAAUUUCUUUAAAACAUUUGAUUAUAUGAAAAAAGCCAAUAUCAUUCCAAAACGACUUAGAAACUGAUAUUUUGCAAAAUCUGGAAACAAUUAUGCAUUUAAAAGAAUUUAACGGAGAAGUUUGUCUUCAAUCACAAUAAAUAUGAAUCCCAUUUCCCACAUCUUGAUUCCAAAACAUGGGUCAAAAAUUAAAAGAAUAGAUAUGCAAAAUAACAUUGGUAUUUCAGGAAAAUCACACAGAUGAAAUAAAUCAAACAUGUAAUGAACUUCAUUUUCAAGCAUAUGUCCUUCUUUCAUAAACCUAAGUUUCAAGUGAGUUACAGGGGAGGAUGAAAUGUAGUGUUGUAUGGAUUAAUUUGUGAAAACAUUAAGCAUGCGAAUAUCAAAUAACAUAAAUAUAUGACAUUGUGAAUAAGUAUUUAUGAUUAAUGAUUAUGCGAAUGAAAAAAAUGGAUUCUCUCAAUUUAGACUGUUACACACUCAAACAAUAACUGAGUGAACAGUCUAAGCACUUUUUAGUAGAUUGUGAUUCCAUAGCUAAAUGAUUUCUUUCGAAGUUAUAGACGGAACCAUGAGAAAGUUCAAAGGUUAGUCACGCUACCUGCUACCUGUCAUUUAGAUUAUAGUGCCCAAAAGGGAUCAGUAUUCAUACAGUGUUAUUCAGUGUUACAUCUUGUCAUAUUUUUCCCUGCCCUUGCAUUAAAGUGUCCUCUUUAAAGUUAAUAAGUUUGAAAUAGACCUUAUUUUCCAAAGGUUUCCUCAAUGCAACAAGCACAUAAUUGUAAUAUAGUAUUAAUUGAAAUAUAUACUUUAAAUAAAAA